UACGUAAACAAUAUCUUUUAUUUUGGAGGCGAUUAAUCGCAAUUAAUUAUUUGACAGCACUAAAUGUAACUGAAGUUUUUGUAUGUAUAUGGACAAACUACUUUACAGUUUAAAUGUGUUUGUGCUUGCAAUUCAACAUUUAAUAACUUCAUAGCACAGUUAAUUUUGAAUAUCAUGGCAGACAGGAAGACUUAGUCUUGAGAACUGUUGUAUAAUUCAAUUAUUUUGCCAAAUAAUAAUUAUGUUCACGACGGAGGCUAAUCAGUCUUUGUUCAGAGCUGACAUACAUUACAUCAUUAACUGUUAAUUAAAAAUAAUGUUUUAUUAGAUUGUUCUUAGAUUGCAUCAUUUAAUUUCAUUUGAAGUAUAUUAUGGUAAAUUUGGAACAACGCAAUUAUUAGUGUGAUAGAAUUUAAAGAAUCCAAUCAUGUUGAAUGUCUGUUGAACUUUUUCUUCUGGUUCAGCUGCUUUUUUUGUGGCUGACAUACCUUGCUUUUUUUUUUUUUUUUUUUAAUGCGCAUGUGUAUAAAUACACCCACUUUUACUUUCCUACGAAGGAAACAGGAGAGUGAAAGAUAAAGUCAAAUCACGAUGUCGACCGUAGUUGUGCAGACGCCUGUGAAGAGUGGCUGGAAUUCAGGAAUAUGUGACUGUUGCCAGGACAUGAAUUCUUGCUGCUAUGGAUUCUGGUGCUGUCCUUGCUUUAUGUGCUCCACAACUGGGGAGUUCGGAGAGAGCACCUGUCUGCCUCUGGUGGACAUAUUCGGCCCAGCCGUCAUGGCAGCUUUUGGGGUCCCAGUAUGUGUGCCACCCGUGUCUCUGGGAAUGAGGGUGGCGGUUCGCCACAAAUACGAUAUUGGGGGAAGUAUCUGCGAGGACAUCAUGGUGUCUUGCUGUUGCAUCUGGUGUUCUUGGUGUCAGAUGAGCAGAGAAAUCAAAGCACGCAACCAAACGGUCACUGUACUGACAACGCAUCCCGGGAUUCAACCAAUUCCGAUGACAACCACCACUCAAGUUAUCUCUACACAGCAACCGAUAGCAUUUGCUCCUGCGGCCCAGAUGGCACCAGUUCAGACCGUCGCUACAGUUAAUCUAUAGACAGAAUAACGAUGCCAUACAUAAUAUAUAAACACGAUACGUAUUAUAUAGUAGUAUAUAUAUCUAACAUGCUUAAAUUAUCAUUUGUGAAUGGCUUGGAUGCAUUUGGAAAAUGCCUGCGUAUUUAAAUUGUUCGGUCUCUGAGGUUUUGAUUCAGUAUUUUAAAGGGAUCUCGUCUUUGAAUAACCAGUAGAUGAAUAAAACUGAACGAAAAGAUGCGAUGUGUUUCAAAAAUGGAAACAGAAUGGGAUUUUUCUUGAAAAGUUGUAUAGAGGUGUAACAUUUUCACUCAAGUGAAAGUGAAGAUAAAAUAAAAGUACAAAUAUCUGGCCGAAAGCACACUCGAGUAAAAGUUUAAAUUUGCACUCAAAUGUUAAAAAAGUACUUUUUUCCUGACAGACAUACAAAUGGAGAAAACAAAACAAAAUAUAAUGGCCCAGGUCAAACACAUAUAUAGAGCAGCGAUAACAAGUGAAAUAACAAGUAAUAACUUUCAUUUUUCAGAUGAACACAAACUGAGAUCUAAACCAUCUCUCUUCGUAAAACAUAAUAAUUCAUUCAUUCAUGUAACGUAAGUGUGGGGCAUCCAAAAGUGACACUUAAAAAACUACACAAAGUGAAUAUGACAGUAAAUUACACAACCCCUGAAAAUGAAUCAGUGUCUUCUUAAGUGAAACUAACACUUUUAAGCACUUUUUGGAGGUUUAUUAAAAUUUAAUUAAAAAAAGAAAGAAUUUUACAGAAAAAUAUUAAUUAUAUUUAAAUAUUCACCAAUGAUUUUACUUGCAUUUAAUAUUGUGCAGUCAAUAUAUUACACAGCUAAUGGCUCUAUCAAAACAGAAAGAAUAAUGAAGAAUCUUUUUUGGGGAAAACACCACUUUGCUACCUCAGCAUGCUUCCUCAGAUUUGACGGUGAACUGUUUGGACCCAGACUUUUCUCUGAUGAAAUUCAUAACUGAAAAAUGCGUAAAAACAAUGAUCAUUGGCUUUCACAUCGAGCACGCACAUUUGAACUUGCAUUUAUAAUAUUUAAUGUGCAGAAGAUAAAAUAAAAAUGUAACGUGCUUUUUAAGUUGAAAUAAAACUGUAA